AUCGUCUUUGGAAGGAUCAACAGCUGGGUGGAACUUCGACGAGAAAGAAUUCGCUUUCAAUGACGUUUUCGUCGGUAUGGUAGUCUGGUUGUGAACACUGGUCGUUUGUCUUAUCGUUCACGCCAAAACAUGGAUUUUAACGUGAAGCGGUUGGCUGCAGGUGCUGGCACUUUCCUGAGCCGUGCGGUGCAAUUUACAGAGGAGAAGCUUGGCCAGGCGGAAAAGACAGAACUGGAUGCUCACCUCGAAAAUCUGUUGGUGAGAGCCGAGAACACCAAACAAUGGACAGAGAAGAUCAUGAACCAAACGGAGGUUUUGUUACAACCUAACCCAAACGUCCGCCUUGAAGAGUAUUUGUAUGAGAUGCUGGAGAAAAAAGCUCCCACUCGAAUGAACAAUCACGAGCUUUUGGGCCAGACUCUGAUUGACUCAGGACACGAGUUUGGUCCUGGAACUGCCUACGGAAAUGCUUUGAUUAAAUGUGGUGAGGCAGAAAAGCAGAUUGGCUGUGCGGAGAGGGAGCUCAUACAAAGCUCAGCCAUCAACUUUCUGACACCCUUGAGAAACUUUCUGGAGGGCGACUUCAAAACCAUCUUGAAAGAACGGAAGCUCCUCCAAGUCAAACGUUUGGAUCUGGAUGCUGCUAAAACUCGACUAAAGAAAGCCAGGAUGGCUGAUGCCAGAGCUGCUGCUGAACAGGAGCUGAGAAUGACCCAGAGUGAGUUUGACCGACAGGCAGAGAUCACCAGGCUUUUGUUGGAGGGCGUCAGCAGCACACACGCACAUCACCUACGUUGCCUUAAUGACUUUGUGGAGGCCCAGACGACGUACUACGCCCAGUCUUACCAGUACAUGGUGGACCUACAGAAGCAGCUCGGCAGUUUCCCAUCGUCCUUUUCCAACAACAAUCAGUCGUCGGAGGGGGCCAGCAAUUCUCCGCCCACCAUGCCCAUGUCAACUUCCCUGCCUAUGGGUCCGUCCAGUCGGGGUGGGGCUGCAACUUUAGGCGGCUUCAAUGAGCUGCGGACCUCCAGCGGCAGCCGCAAAGCCAGAGUCCUUUAUGACUAUGAUGCUGCCAGCAGCAGUGAACUCUCCCUGCUAGCUGACGAGGUGAUCAUGGUCAGCAGCGUUCCCGGCAUGGACUCUGACUGGCUGAUGGGCGAGCGCGGCAACCAAAAAGGCAAAGUGCCAAUCACGUACCUGGAACUUCUGAACUGAGUCUGACAAACAGCCUUCAGUGAACAGUAACCAUGUCCUCUUGUGUUGCACACAUCAUUCACCUGCUCCCUUUAUUUUUAGAAAAUCUGUUUUAGUCGUGUGACCGGAGGAAGUUCUGUCAGGUUACAAGGACAGGACUUCAGCCUCUUCCCUCUUUUUUCUUUCGUACAGCUCCGUCACAAGAAAGCAUUUUAACAUGUGCCUUCCCGAGUCUCAACUUGAAGUUUUUGUUUACAAACUAUGAAAUAUUUAGAUAUUUAGCUUUGAACCUUGUUAAAAUUUGGUUAAUUCUGACAUUAUUUAACAAAUCUGACUGAGAUUAGCAUGGCCCCUGCACAUGUAUGACACGAAAAGUCACCACGCUGUUUUAAACAGGGUGUCUGCCACCUGUUAACUGUGCAGAGUGGCACAGGUUUUCCUGACGCUGCUGAAGUGGCAGUUUAGACUCCUCCAGCUGGUCCCUCUCAUCCAUCAAAUGAAUGAUCAGCGUCCUUUAGUGGCUCAUCUAAAGAUGGUCUCGCGACGAAUGCGGCAAAAGCAACUGAUUCGCAUGUAAAGUCAAGUUUGAAGUGCUAUAACAUGAAUGAAACUGUUGCGUUAGAAUAUGGGAGUGGGGUAUGUGACACAUUUGUCGCAGCUUCACUGUGUUUUAAGAUACACGUUUCAGGUGUCACGUGUCGCAACAGAAAUCUGAACUGUAGCGAUGAAUUGUGGGAAAUGAGUUUAGAACAUGGGUCACCAUGUUGGUGACCCGCAGAGACCAAGGGAGUGGGCCAAAAUAAUAAUAAUUUUCAUAUAAUAACCAUCUUAUUAUCUUUGAUUUUGGGAUUCCUUUUUUGUUACACCGUUGGUAAUUGUAGUGCAAACUCAGCAACAAGGCAAGUGUUUGCGAGGAAUAUCAUUUAUCACCCAUUAUAUAUUGUGAUGUCAGAAGUGUGUACUGAACUGAUGGUAGCCUUUCAGAUCACAAAGUGCCCUUGGAGUAGCUGGUGACCUCUGGUUUAGAAUAGCAUAUGCAGAGAGAAAAUGCAUCCACUAGAACGAGAAGUGAAAUAGGAGGGAAGCUGAAACCAACAACCACUCAGGUGCAAUGCUCUGGACAAGUGCCGCCUACUCGUGUCUGAUGUGAAGGUACCUUCAGAAAAAAAGUUCAGUAUUGCCAGAUCCGUUGGGAUGUGGUUUAGCGUAGCUUAGCCAACACUCCCCCAGUGCCAAGAAUGAGAUUCUACGAUUUGAAAAGUUAAAUCUUCAAGUCAGUCGCAGCAGGAUAUGCUUUUAUUAAAAAAAAUAAAAGUGCCCCGUCACCACAUUGGAGUCACAUGACCAUGAAAAAUCUACACAGCAUCCUGCUUGAUUUUGAGAGGAGUUCGAAGGAAGAAGCCGAGUUCUAGAACCAGGAUGUCAAGCUGGUCCACCAUUUAGGUUCACCAGUCAGCUGAGAACUUCAGACACCUGACUGGGGAGUAGGUGUCCUCUUGAUUGGUUGGAACAACCCACUGCACCCACUGCAACCCUUUGAAGUUUGACACACCUGACCUAGAUUUAAAUAUAAAAGAUGCUUGAUCAUUGACUCUAUGGUUAUGAGUUAGAUGUGUGUCGACAUCUACACAUAAACUAUGUUGAAUAUUUGGUCCAAUAACAUGAAUAACAAACUUUUAUGAAAUCGCUAGCAAAAGUCACCAUUAACCAAGUACCAACUGACAGUGGUUCUAUCAGGAUAAUGGCCGUUCAAUGGGCAGAAAUGCGCCAUGUCAACUGAAAUAUUGGACAAAGUGCCGUUUUCAGUCAAGUAAAUUCAGGAAUAUUGCGUGACGUAGCAGCUUCGUCAGUAUUGAGAUCUCAUCUUCAAGUCCUGCUAUUUCUAUUUAUUCACAUCAGGAGCCGUUUCCUUUCCACAGCAUUGUUUGCCAGAAAUACUCUGAUUUUAUUUAUUUCAUUCUUUUUUUUUACGUUUUCAUUUUUUGUUAAUGUUUGUUUUGCCCUUCAAACAUCUCAAUAUGAUAAUGAAUGUGUGUAACAUGCUGGGUGAUUUGCUUCAUUGACACACAUGAUGGUAAAAUAUACAGUACCAAUAUCUAUAAAUGAUUGGUGUAAUAGUCUUUUUUUACGCGUGUUGAUUCAGGCUUUUGAUGAUGAUGAUUUGAAGUUUUACUGAUCAGAGGGGUGUGUCUACUAUGUACAAAGAUGUAUUUGCCAAGGAUUGCUUCCAAAACUGAUGAAAACACAAAACAAUUUGAUAAAUAAAAAGUCAUCAACUUA